UGGGUUGUGUUAUCGCUAGUCGGGUUGAAAAUCGCCGGAUCGUGUGCUGAACUGCCGAAUUGAGUUUAGAAUAUUUUCUACCGAGACCGUAUCGCCGAAACAUAUUCCAAGUCCACCGUCAUCGUAGAGCCGUUGGCGUUUCUGAGCUGCCGUUUACUUUAAAUAUUUGCUGAGAAAUUAAAGUGUUAUAAUGUUGGACACUCGUCCAAAUCAUACCAUCUAUAUAAACAACUUAAAUGAAAAAAUAAAAAAAGAUGAUUUGAAAAAAUCUCUUUAUGCAAUUUUUUCGCAAUUUGGACAAAUACUUGACAUUGUAGCGAUGAAAGGGAUUAAAAUGAAUGGACAAGCUUUUGUUAUUUUUAAAGACAUAUCCAGUUCCACAAAUGCUUUACGUGCUAUGCAAGGAUUUCCAUUUUAUGACAAGCCAAUGCGUAUCCAGUUUGCUAAAACAGAAUCUGAUAUAAUUGCAAAAAUGAAAGGAACCUUUGUUGAACGUCAAAAGAAACCUAAGAAACCAAAGGAUGAUGAAGAAGCUAAAAAAAGACGUAAAGCAGCUAAAGAACAGGCUCGUGCUUUGGCCCAACAAAAUAAUCCUGGAGGUGUAUCUGGUGGUAAUGUACCAGAACAACCGCCUAAUCAAAUUCUGUUCUUGACUAAUCUACCUGAUGAAACAACUGAAAUGAUGUUAUCUAUGCUCUUUAACCAGUUUCCUGGAUUUAAAGAAGUGCGACUUGUACCUAAUAGACAUGAUAUUGCUUUUGUUGAAUUUGAAAAUGAACACCAAUCUAAUACUGCCAAGUUGUCAUUAAACGGUUUCAAGAUUACGCCCACUCAUGCAAUGAAAAUUACUUUUGCUAAAAAAUAAAAUUGUUCAUUAUGAAAAAGAACUCUGAAUUCUUUGUAAAGUAACCUAAAAUAUAUUUUAUUUGUAUAA